CCUCACAUGAAAACCAACUCUCCAACCACCAUCACCAACACCUCAAAUCCCCAAUCCCACCUCCACCAAACACACCAACUUCAAAACCCAUGCCGCCCUCCUCCAAAGCAGCAAGCAACAUCUCCUUCCACACCGCCCGCACCACCAUGUCCCCUCCCUCCCGCUCCCCCCUCAAGCGUCUGCACGCCGAGCUCUCGGCGCUGCAAUCUCUCGGCGCCCGCCCCGCGAGCGAUGGCAGCGCCAUAGAGCGCCUCGAACCGGUUGAUACGGAUGAUUUGUUUAAGUGGGAGGCGGUUGUUAAGGGGAGGGGGUUGGGGGGGGGGUAUGAGGAUGGGAGGUGGUUGUUGGAGAUUGAGGUGCCGGAGCAGUAUCCGAAUGCGCCGCCGAAGGUGAGGUUUAGGACGAGGGUUGUGGGGAGUAAUGUUGAUUUUGAGACUGGCGAAGUCUGCCUUGAUCUCCUGAAGGAUAAUUGGUCCCCAGCCUACACCCUCGAGAAGACGGUCGAGGCCGUAGCACUCAUGCUCGCGAACCCCGGGGUGGACAGCCCGCUGAAUGUGGAUGUUGCAGCGUUGUUGAGGAGUGGUGAUGCCGUGGGCGCGGAGAGUCUUGUUCGGUGGGCAGCUGCGGAGAGUUGGGGGCGGUAUGAGGGGAAAUAAGCUUGUGGAAUAAGUGGAGGA